GGGCUGGAGAACAUGGCGGCGGUGGAGGGACAGCGGCAGCAACGGGCCGGGACCGGGGCCGGGACCGGGACCGGGACCACGGCCACUGUGGGCCGGUGCUGCUGGAUGAGGAUGAGGAUGAGGGGGAUGAUGAUGCCGGGUGUGGCGGCGCUGGUCGCGGCGCUGGUGCUGGUGCUGGUGUCGGUGCCGGGGGCGCUGUGUGGGCCCGCGGGCCCGGCCAAGGAGUGCGACAAACCGUGUGUCCACGGCAGCUGCAGCGCGACCACCGGCCAGUGCGUGUGUCCGGCCGGGUGGGUGGGAGAGUCGUGUCAGCACUGCGGCGGCAGGUUCAGAUUAACUGGACAAUUUGGAUAUCUUACUGAUGGUCCAGGGAACUAUAAAUACAAGACAAAGUGUACAUGGCUUAUUGAAGGACAGCCAAACACUAUAUUGAGGCUUCGCUUUGUUCACUUUGCUACAGAGUGCAGCUGGGAUCACUUAUACGUGUAUGAUGGGGACUCUAUUUACUCACCAUUAUUAGCUGUGUUCAGUGGUUUGAUCGUACCUGAGAAGAAUGGGAAUGGAACAAUACCAGAAGUUGUUUCAAGAUCUGGGUAUGCUUUGCUGCAUUUUUUCAGUGAUGCCGCAUACAAUCUGACUGGAUUCAACAUAACGUACAACAUCAACUCUUGCCCAAACAACUGUUCAGGGCAUGGAGAAUGUGUGGAAGGCACUGACAAUAACACUGUCCAAUGUCUGUGUGGAGAAAACUGGAAAGGAGAGUCGUGUGAUAUACCUUACUGCGUGGACAAUUGUGGCUUUCCACUCCGCGGUGAAUGUGACUUGAACGAUACCAAAGCUUGUCUGUGUAAAGAUGGCUGGCGAGGUCCUGACUGCUCACUUCGAGCGAAUCAACCAUUUUGGGAAUGGGAUGAGUAUGAGGUGCCCAUGCUGGGCCGGGCUUCCCACAAGACAGUUGUCAGUGACAAUGUCAUGUGGGUUAUUGGAGGUUACGUGUUCAAUUACUCCGAGUACCAGAUGGUUGCAGCUUAUGACUUAAGAGAACUGAAAUGGCAGAAGUUGAAGAAAUCAGCAGACCAAGUUGUUGGGCGAUAUGGCCAUUCUGUGGCUCUGUAUAAGGAUAAAAUUUACAUGUACGGAGGGAAAAUUGACUCGACGGGAAAUAUCACCAACCAGCUGUGGGUGUUCCACAUUCAGAAUCAGUCAUGGGUGCCGCUGACUCCGAAGGCAAAGCAGCAGUAUGCAGUGGUGGGCCACUCUGCACAUGUAGUGCGGAUGAACGAUGGCAGUGUUGUGAUGUUGGUCAUCUUUGGCUACUGCCCGCUUUACGGAUAUGUCAGCAAGAUACAAGCAUAUAAUCUUGGUAAAAAUACAUGGAAUAUACUGCAAACAAAUGGUGCCUUGGUUCAAGGAGGCUAUGGUCAUAGCAGUGUAUAUGACUUGAAGACACGAGCUAUUUACAUACAUGGUGGAUAUAAAGCUGACAGUGCAAAUAAAUACGGCCUCAGAGAUGACCUGUACCAGUAUGAUGUGGAUAGCUUUAAAUGGACAAUUUUAAAGGACAGAGGCUUCUUCCGUUAUCUGCACACGGCCAUUAUUGAAAGCGGGACAAUGUUGGUAUUUGGUGGUAACACUCACAACGACACUUCUAUGAGCCACGGAGCAAAAUGCUUUUCUUCAGACUUCAUGGCUUAUGACUUGGCUUGUGAUGAGUGGACUGUGUUGCCUGCGCUGGACCUCCCUCACGAUGUAAACCGGUUUGGUCAUUCGGCUGUAUUCAGCAAUGGCACUAUGUAUAUUUUUGGCGGGUUCAACAGUCUUCUGCUGAGCGAUGUACUUAUGUUCACGCCAGCCAAGUGUGACGCUUUCUCUGACGAGGCACCGUGCAUGGAAGCGGGGCCUGGAAUCCGAUGUGUCUGGCGCACAAACACAUCGCAAUGUGUGCCUUGGGAAAUGGCAACAGAGGGAGAAAAGCAUCAGAUUUCAAAAACAUGUGUCAACAAGACCUACGCAGAUAACGAAAAGUGUGAUCAGUACACCGAUUGCUACAGCUGUACUGUGAACACAAAUGGUUGUCAAUGGUGCCAUGACAAGUGCUUGUCAAAGAACAGUAACUGCACGGAAGCCUCUGGAGCAAUUGGGAGUUUUGGAGCUUGUCCAAAGGAUAAACCCGAGUACGUUUGCAAUAAGCUAACAAGCUGCAAAAGUUGUGCUGUGGACCAGAACUGUCAGUGGGAGCCUCGGAAUCAAGAAUGCAUUUCAUUACCCGAAACUAUAUGUGGAGAGAACUGGCACUUAGUGGGAAACUCGUGCCUGACAAUCACCAAUAUAAAAAACGACUACGAUAAUGCAAAACUGUACUGCAGAGGUCAGAAAGCUGCAUUAGUUUCACUGACAUCACAGAAGAAAGUUGACUUUGUUCUGAAGGAAUUACAGAUCAUGCACAUGUCGAACAAAGAAGACUUAACCCCUUGGGUUGGGUUACGGAAAAUAAAUGUUUCUUAUUGGUGCUGGGAAGAUAUGUCACCCUUCACAAACACAUCACUACAAUGGAUGAAUGAGGAGCCAAGUGAUGCAGGAUUUUGUGGCUAUAUGGCAGAACCAAACUAUGCCGGCUUGAAAGCAGCAACCUGCAUCAACUUAGUGAAUGGAAGUGUAUGUGAAAGACCAGCAAACCACAGCACCAAUCAGUGCCGCACACCUUGUGCAUUGAGGACCGGAUGUAGUGAAUGUACAACUGGCAACUCGGAGUGUAUGUGGUGCAGCAACAUGAAGCAGUGUGUUGAUGCCAAUGCUUAUGUGGCUUCAUUUCCUUUUGGCCAGUGCAUGGAAUGGUCUACUUCCAACAAUUGUUCACCUGAGAAUUGUUCUGGUUACCGUACGUGCAGUCACUGUUUGGAGCAGCCUGGAUGUGGAUGGUGUACUGACCCCAGCAAUACAGGAAAAGGACAGUGCAUAGAAGGAUCUUAUCGUGGGCCAAUGAAAAUAUUGACAGUAAACACCCCCCCUACUCCCAUUCUCAACAUCAGCAUGUGUCCAGUAGAAACAAAGUUCAACUGGUCCUUUAUCCAGUGUCCAGCUUGUCAGUGUAACGGCCACAGCAAGUGUGUAAAUGAAAGCAUCUGUGAAAAAUGUGAAGACCUAACAACUGGCAACCACUGUGAUACUUGCAUCUCUGGUUAUUAUGGUGACCCGACAAAUGGAGGAAGUUGUCAAUCCUGCAAGUGCAAUGGGCAUGCAUCCAUCUGCGAUACUAAGACAGGCAAAUGCUUCUGCACCACUAAAGGAAUCAAAGGCGACAAGUGUCAGCUAUGUGAUGUGGAAACACGAUAUCAGGGAAAUCCAUUGAGAGGAACUUGUUACUACACGCUCCUGAUUGACUACCAGUUCACCUUCAGCCUCUCUCAAGAGGAUGACCGUCACUACACUGCUAUUAACUUUGUUGCCACCCCUCAGGAGCAAAACCGAGACCUGGAUAUGUUUAUCAAUGCAUCAAAAAACUUCAACCUGAACAUAACGUGGUCAAGUAGUUUCAUGGCAGGGACACCACCAGGAGAAGAAAUGCCGAUCAUUUCAAAGACCAACAUCAAGGAAUACAAGGAUAGCUUCUCCAAUGAGAAGUUCGAUUUCCGUAACAAUCCUAACAUAACUUUCUUUGUGUACGUAAACAACUUCACCUGGCCUAUAAAAAUACAGAUUGCCUUUUCACAACAUAGCAACUUUAUGGACCUCGUGCAGUUCUUUGUCACCUUUUUCAGUUGUUUUCUGUCCUUAUUGUUGGUGGCUGCUGUGGUGUGGAAGAUUAAGCAGAGCUGCUGGGCAUCAAGGAGAAGAGAGCAACUUCUACGAGAGAUGCAACAGAUGGCGAGUCGACCUUUUGCCACGAUCAAUGUCGCCUUGGAGACGGAAGAGGAGCCACCUGAUCUUAUUGGAGGAAGCAUCAAGAGUAUCCCGAAGCCCAUAGCAUUAGAGCCGUGUUUUGGCAAUAAAGCAGCUAUCUUAUCGAUAUUUGUACGACUACCAAGAGGAUUGGGAGGAAUCCCACCGCCUGGACAGUCAGGUCUUGCUGUAGCCAGUGCAUUGGUAGACAUCUCCCAACAGAAGUCCCUGGAUCACAAAGAGAAAUCCGGAGCGAUGCGGAAUAGGAAACACCUUCCCCCUGCACAGCCAGGCACCUGCAUCUGACGCUGUCAAUCCUCCUUUGUCAAUCCAAGAAUACUUUUUUUUUGAAAAUCAAGAAAACUUAGCUUGAGGAGCCGGUCCACCUUCUGUUCUGAGAUUAUGGCCAAACACAAAAACUAAAACCAUUUUGAGAAACACAGAAAUCUCCA